AUGACCCAGACCAUCCAGGAACUGCUAGCUAAAAAGGCUUCCGGAGACUCACAGCCAACCCAAUAUGUUGACACAAUAGAAGCAUAUGAUAAAUGGGCAGAGGUCUACGAUACAGAUGGCAACUUCCUACAACGCCUCGAUACACUCGAGAUGCAGUCAUUGCUACCCCAAUUCAUCGACCGCGUACGCAACGUCCAACCAAGCGAACUACAACCAACAACUCCGAUCCUGGUUGACCUAGGCUGUGGCACAGGGCGCAACACAAUCCAGCUCCUCGCCGCCCUGGAUACAGCCAAGAUCACGCCCUUCUCUGUGAUCGGGCUGGAUGCUUCUCGUGGGAUGCUGGAAGUAGCACGGACCGCGAUGCGGGAGUAUACAUCCAACAGCACUCGGACUACUGCGACAGAAGUUGAACUUGGUAUUUUCGACCUCCUGCGUCCGGAUCUGUUGGAGUCACAGCUUCCGGUUUCGCUGCGCUCGGUACGAGCUGUUGGUGUGAUAUCCACGCUGGUGCUGGAGCAUAUCCCGCUUGCGCGGUUCUUUGAUGCUGUGGCGGGGAUUGUGAGAACUGGAGGGUACUUGCUUGUGACGAAUAUGCAUGCUGAGAUGGGGAUGCGCAGCCAGGCGGGAUUUACAGAUGGUAAUGGGCUUAAGGUUCGGCCUACGAGUUAUUGUCAUGGUAUUGCCGAUGUGUUAGAUGCGGCCAAGGGGGCUGGGUUUGAGGUUGAGGAGGUUGUUGGGGCGGGGGAAGAUGGGGUGGUUGUUAGGGCAGUUGAUGAGGAGUUGGCGGACGUUCUAGGCUCAAGGGCGAAGAAAUGGGUUGGGAUCAGGGUUUGGUUUGGAGUCUGUUUUGUUAAGAAGAGAUAA